GAUUUUCAUUCCAAUAUUUGCAUGUAGCUUCCAGAAACCAAAAGUGUCACCUGACACCUAAUUUGACUUAGCCUACAAUUAGAAGUGAUAAAUCUUAGAAACAUGUCCAGCGCUUGUCAAUGAGAUCAUGUGAGUUAAGGAGGCUGGGUUCAUUUUUGUGCUGCGUUUUUAGCUAGUCAGACACUUUGCGCGGUAAGUGAUCCCUGUUUGUGGUACUGAUACUAAUUUCACGAUCUCUCUUCGUUACGCCAGCAAACGGAAAGAAACCUGUCUUUAUUUUAAACUAUAUUCUUGUAGACUUUGAUGAAUACGAGUUAUCAGUUGAAAACACAACACCGUCCUUGCCGUUUUUACACUUGAGCAGAUACCGGACUGCUAACGUCAGCCACAGCAAGUGUCGAAGCAAACAACGUGGGCUACGUAGGAAAAGGCUGCAAAGAUAUUGAAGACUUGGGGUAACGUUAUGUCCACAGCACAUGUGGAAAAAUGCAAGAUGAACCAGGAAGAGGUUUUGGCAAAGCUGAAGAAAGAUAUCCGCUCCUUGCUCAUGUCAUCCAAGAUGGGCUUAGACCCCCAUCAGCUCAGGCAUGAUUAUGAGGCAAGGGUGGGGCAUCGCCUGCCCCUGAAGCUCCUGGGCUUCAGAAACGUCAUGGAUAUGGUAGCACAGAUGCCUGACGUGGUGUCUAUUAGCUUCAGGGCUGAUAAUAGCCUGUUCUUAACGGCUGUUGGUGAUGAGUCUACUCGAAACAUUGGGGAGCUGUUAGCUAAGCAGCGCAACUCAAAGACUAACAAAAAAGUCAAGAGGGGAGGUGUCAGCUACUUCUCACCAUACUACUGUCAAAAUGCCCCCCCUGUAGUGCUACCCAGAAGAGGGCAUGCUCCUCCUGGUCUCCCUGUCCAGCUAAGGUCACAGCUCCUCAUACUGCUGUCCCAGGGUUCGCUCAGGUUGUGUGAGCUGGAGGCCAGCUUCCUACGCUGCUUCGGCUUCCCGUUGCGUGUCCAAAAUUAUGGCUUCUACUCAACUGGAGAGAUGCUGACGGCAGCAGCAGACCUGGUUGUCAUCCAACAGAGCAGGCUGGGCUCAGUUGUAACCCUGAGGGAACACGUGCUGCCCAAGCCACUGCUCAUGCCAUCCAGCUCAGCAAGGACAACUGGACAAAAAAAUUCAGGAUUGCCUAUAACUGACGAGCCAGUCUCCAAAGGGCCAGACACCAGAGCUCAGACACCUGCAGCACCCCCAGCUGAAGAUCCAGCGAAGCAGAGUCUUCUGAACCAGCCUUUUACUGAUACCACCCAGGACCCUGUCUCUAAUGAGUUGGAAAAUGACAAGACAGAAAUGGUUGAAAAGAACCAGGAAGCCGAACCAGAUCUCUGCCAGGAAGAGCUGCACUGUCCCGAAAAUGUCCUUAAGCUGGAGGAGCAACUUUACCAGCGAAUCGUGGAGAAUGGAGUUGCUGGAAUCAUUAGUCAGGAGCUGAAGGACAAGCUGCAGAAGGUUGUUGGUCAGAGCAGUGGUGGAUUAAUGGUGCAUGAUCUUCCAGUUGAGUACAAGAAGCUGUAUGCUGAGGACCUGCCACUGCAACAGAACGGCUUUGUCAGCGUCACUGAACUAGUUGGUGCCAUGAGUGACACCUUCCACCUGAAACGUGCGGGGGGUGACGGUGAACACCAAUGGAUAGUGAUGAACAUACAGGACAGUGAUGGCGCACAAGCAGAUUCAACAGAAACCAGAAAUUUUGGUAAACGUGUGAAACAGCCAUUUAUAGGCCACUACUCCAGCUGUGGAGAGUCUUCUUGGGAAAAGGAAAAUACUGCAGAUCAUGAAGAGCUAGAGGCCACAAACAAUUCCAAGAUCCAAGAAAUGAUAUCUGAGAGGUACUCUGGUGUACCACUGGAUGCUGUGCAGAAUCAACGUCUCAAGCCUCCAACGCGCCAUGGCGCUCAAGAGCUGCUGGAGGUCCUAGUGGAACACGUGGAGUCACCAGGACAUUUCUACAUCCACUUCAGCGAGGGCAAGGAGGCACAAGCUAUGGAGGACAUGAUGAUUGAAAUGAGACGAUGUUACACCUGUCCUAAACGGGCAGAGCACUACCGCCUCCCUGAGCAGUUUGUUAGACGAGGUCAGGUCUGCUGCGUGUCACCCAAAGGAAUGUGGUUCUACCGGGUGGUAAUCCAUCAGAUCAUCAAUUCCACAAAGGUCGAGGUGUACUUUGUUGACUUCGGGGAUAUUAUCGUGGUGCAGAGAGCCAGUCUCAAGUUCCUUAAGUCCUGUUAUUCAGUUCUUCCAGCACAAGCAGUUCCAUCUUCACUUGCUGGAGUUAAACCCAGCACUGGCAGCUGGACUGCUGAGGCCACAGCCUCUUUCCGAAAGCUGUGCUCUGAUCGCACCCUAGUGGGCGUUCUCAACUGUUACACUAGAGAUGUGCUGCAGCUAUACCUGUGUGACACACAUACCGAUAAUGACAUCUACAUCCACACCGUCCUGCUGAGCCAGGGCCAUGGGACAUUCUGUAGCCCCUCAGACAGUGCAGCACUGUGUGCCCAGGUCAGUCCAAUGAGUCUCUACCUGGGUGAGGGAAUGGUUGACCUGCCAGAGGUAGAAGAGGAGAUGACUUGUUGCCCCAAGCCAGGAGAAGCCCCUGAAGAACCCAUGUCACCCACACUGGAGAUUGAAGAGGAAGAGCUGCCUGCUCUGGAGUUUAUAGAGGACAGUGAGGCCAGUCUCCACAUCCAGGAUAAGGCAGCCAACACUUUCAGUGCUCUGCUGAAUGACCAGACCCUCAGGCAGUGCGUUGGUCAAGGCCCGGCCCAGCUCGCUGCACCUCCUGUCGCUGCAGCUCCUGUCGCUUCACCUCCUGUCGCUGCAGCAGCUCCUGUCGAUGCUGCAGCUCCCACCUGCAGCUCUCUCACCCUUCCAGAUGUGAUCCAGAGCAAGACAACCCCAGCUCACUGUACAGCUGAUCAUAAACCACUGAGCAGGAUUCCUCCACCAACUCCAUCUAGCAUCAACUUCACCUCCCGCUGUCCAACACCAGAGAAGGACCAGCAGUCACCCAAGGUCACUGCCCCCUCAGUGGACAGGCCGCUGCCUUUCCUGAGGCCUCUGAGCCCGCACACCUCCGAGCUGGGCCUAAUCAAGGACCUCACCUGGGGUGUAUCCGCUUCUCUAUUCCACCCACGAAAUUCUGGUGUCCGGUUUCCUCUUUUUGGGGCCAGGUAUGUCAUGCAUUGUACAAUCCACCCCCAACCAUAGGAAUAUGUAUUCCUUAAUAACUAUAGAAUUUAUUUUAAAAAUGUUGGCGUUCUUGGAGAGUUUCCAGUUUUUGAAUCAUUUUGUCAAUUACUAGUAAAAUCAUUUUAUUUGUAACACUUUUAUUCUGAUGUACAUUAGUUAUUGAGUAGGAGUAUUAGUAUGUUACUCAUAAUUUGAUACUGGCAAUAUAAAAAAUAUACCAAUGGAUGGCUUUUUUUAAUGACGUGUCAUUAAGUUUCAGAAUGCCUUUUGUUUUAAAAACUUUUCUGUUGGUGAGGCAUUUUAUCAUUUCCUAUCCAGAUGUCUGUGUUAAGUGGUUUAAUUUUUUUUUAAACAUACUAAUAUUGCUGUUCUGGACAAGGUUAUACAUAUAUUGUAUAUAACUUUCAAACUGCUGUUAUAAUGAGCAUUACAGAAGCAUGUAAGUCAUGACAGAUGGAAUUUUAUUUUC